CUUCGUUUCUAUCUCUAGAAUAUUUUUUUAGAUUUUUUUCCCAUUUAUUUGGAAAGAGAGAAUGUCGGAGAAAUUCUCGCCCACUCUAAGGAUUGGCGAUCUCAAUGACUACAUCGCACCAUCACAAGCUUGCAUUGUUUCUCUAAAGGGUCUUAAGGCAACCACGACGACGAAGCAGGAUAAAACAGAGAACCAAGAAAAGGCUACUCUCCCAAUCAAAUCAUCAGUAGAACCAGUUAAAAUUUCAUUGAAGGAUUGCUUAGCAUGCAGUGGCUGCAUAACAUCUGCGGAGACAGUUAUGCUUGAGAAGCAAAGUUUGGAGGAGUUCCUUUCUAAUCUAGAAUCUGGGAAGGCUGUUAUUGUCUCUCUUUCUUCACAAUCAAGGGCUUCUUUAGCUGUUCACUUUGGUCUUUCUCCGCUUCAGGUUUUCAGGAAACUCACAACCUUCUUCAAGUCAUUGGGUGCAAAGGCUAUAUUUGAUGUAAGCUUCAGUAGAGAUUUAUCACUCAUUGAAGCUUGUAAUGAAUUUGUUACAAGAUUCAAACAACAUCAUUCAACUGAUGUUGAAGGACGGAAUCUAUCUCUCCCAAUGCUUUCUUCAGCAUGUCCAGGUUGGAUCUGCUACGCUGAAAAAACACUUGGAUCUUAUAUUCUGCCUUAUAUUUCCUCUGUGAAGAGUCCCCAGCAGGCAAUUGGGGCAGCUAUUAAGCAUCACAUUUGUCAGACAAUGGGCUUCAAGCCGGACAAUGUCUACCAUGUGACUGUGAUGCCAUGUUAUGAUAAAAAACUUGAAGCUUCUAGAGAUGAUUUUGUGUUUUCAGUGGAGGCUCAAGGAAAAGAUGACCCUGAAUAUGACGCAAACCUGAGGAUUGCAGAGGUAGAUUCAGUCUUGACAACUGGAGAGGUUUUGGAAUUGAUACAGUUAAAAUCUGUGAAUUUCAAGGACUUGGAAGAGUCUCCUCUAGACAGACUGCUAACAAAUGUUGAUGAAGAAGGACGUCUUUAUGGAGUCAAUGGAAGCUCUGGUGGUUAUGCAGAAAUAAUAUUUCGCUAUGCUUCUAAAGUGCUCUUUGGAAAGGAAAUUGAAGGCCCUAUUGACUUCAAAAUAAUACGGAAUUCAGAUUUCCGAGAAUUUAAUCUAGAAGUGGAAGGAAAAACAGUGCUAAAAUUUGCACUUUGUUAUGGCUUCCGGAACCUGCAGAAUAUUGUGAGAAAAAUUAAAAUGGGGAAGUGCGAUUAUCACUUUUUGGAGGUCAUGGCAUGUCCUUCUGGUUGUUUGAAUGGUGGAGGUCAAAUCAAACCGGAGGCCGGCCAAUCUACCAAGGAUUUAAUUCAGUCAUUAGAGACAGUAUAUAUGGAGGACAUUUUCGUUGCCAAUCCUUUUGAAAAUCCUCUGAUAAAGAGCUUAUAUGAGGAGUGGCUAGGAGAACCUGGUUCAGAUAAAGCUAGAAGGCAUAUGCACACAGUAUACCACCCGAUGGUUAAAAGCAUUACUGCUGAACUGCACAACUGGUGAGAGAUUCUUUGGUGCCACCUAUACCUAAGUUGUUGUUCACCACUUAGUCCAGAUGUUCCCUAGAAAGCCCAUUCUUGCAUUGUACGAUGUGAUACCUCACUAUAAUAUCCAUGCCUCCCAGUGUAUGGAAAGCCAGCCGUGGAGCAUCCGAUUUUGAGAGAGGAGAAAGUAAUCAUGUAUGUACGAACGUAGACAUAUUUUUUUUGCUGCUCAUGUAUAUACCCUGUAUCUUAAACAUUAUCUUUUUUGUCUUAUUUUUUUUCUUUCUAAAACAUUGUUUAGAUAUCCUACAGGGGAACUCCACAUAUACAUAAUGAUGGAACUAUGCACAUUAACUGGGUACGUAAGAUGUAAUUAUUUGCUUUAAAGGUGUCAUCUAUUCUUUUGCUAUUCAGCUUUA